GCUGUGCUGCAUGUUGCGCUCGUUGACUUGACAAUGUGUUUUGUUUGCACUGUUGGAGCUGACUGCCCCUUAUGGCCACAUCAAGGUAGUACAUUAAGCUUGCAUUGCUCCGAUGGUUGAAACAUUCCUGAUUACGGAAUUUAUGUAUGUUAAUUGCGUACAUUUUUUUUACGCGUUAUUUUUUUAUAUCAUUAUUCACACUAAAUUAACGUGUUAAAUUGUCAGCCCUAAUAAUUACUUAAUUACUUUAUACCCCUGCACACUCUUGAAUACGUGCUUUGCAUCUAAAGAUUCAAGUACGCCCAAGUACACAAGUACAAAAACACCAUAAUUCUUUGCCCCAAUACUGUGGCUGCAUGAAGACUGUAGACAAGAGUUAUUGGAGUAACAGGAGAUAGGGCAUCAUCUCUGUUUGCCAGCAUUCCACUGGUUGCCCAAUAUGGGCACAGCAGAUAAAAGGGGGAGCUGGGAGCAAGCAAUUUUCAAGCUAGAAACCAGAGCCAGCUAGAAACCAAACACCUUCCCCCUUUUAGCACAUGCACACAUAUUUACAACUGCAAACCAACACAGUUCCCAAGGCCCAUUGCUCUGUUCAAGCACAGGGGCAGAGCAACUAUCCUCUAACUAUGUGCCUCAGGUGAGAUUGAAAAUUCACAUGACAAAACUGGACAAAGAGAACAGAACAGAGACACAAAGACUGAGAUCAUGAACAGAGCUCUGAAAAACACUAGUGGUGUUUCAGCUCAGUCUCAUUACCUAGGAAUUUUGCUGUACUAACUUUCUUAGGUUACUAGUGAGUGUAGGGUCAGUGGGGGAACACAGCCAUGUCUCUUCCACUGGAAAUAUGCUCUUACCAUGGAGACACCUCGCUGGGGACUCUGGAGAAACAACUCAUCUGCCCCAUUUGUGAGGAGGUCUUCACAAAACCAGUCGUCAUUCUGCCCUGCCUGCACAACCUCUGCCGCAAGUGUGCCAAUGAACUGUACCAGCCAUCUCUCUUCCAGAUUGGAAUUGGAGGACGCUUCCGCUGCCCUACCUGUCGGCGUGAAGUUGCCUUGGACCGUCAUGGAGUUUAUGGGCUGCAGCGAAAUUUACUUGUGGAGAACAUUAUCGAUGCUUACAAACAGGAGUCUGCAAGCUCUAGGCCCCCACCAAAGCCUCUUGCACAGUUUACCUGUGAGGAGCAUGAUGAUGAGAAGCUCAAUAUUUAUUGCAUCACAUGUCAGGUGCCCACCUGCUCCCUAUGCAAAGUGUUUGGGGCACACAAGACCUGCCAAGUAACUCCCCUACCUGAUGUCUACCAGCAGCAGAAGGCUGAACUCAGUGAUAGAGUGGCUUCCUUGGUUUCCACAAAUGACCAUGUCCAAGCGUUUAUUGAUGAACUAAAGGCAAUCUGUAGGAAUACAGAGGAGAAUAGCAGGAUCCAGAAGCAGAUUCUUUGUGAGAAGUUUGAUCGCAUGAGUGCCAUUCUGGAAGAACGUCAUAACAUCAUGACCCAGCAAAUUACUUCUGAGGAGGAAGAAAAGACUGGCUGGGCCCAAUCUUUAGUGCAGACCUACAGUGGGCAUGUAGACACAAACUCAAAGUUAGUACAGGCUGCCACGAAUGCCAUGGAAGAGUCAGAGAUGGCUGCUUUUGUACAGACCUCAAAAGAUCUAAUUGAGAAGGUUAGUAAAGCAUCUAGUUGCUUCACUCUGGAGUCCAUAGAGCCUGGCUAUGAGAAAAUGGAUCACUACAAGGUGAAUUUUGAUGCAGAGGAAAGAGUCCUCUACCAGCUGGAUUUCAUGAACAUUGAAGAGGAAGUGGAGGACUCUGAUGAGCUCAAGUCAGAACCGGAGCCUGAACCUGAGUUUGAAACUGAACCACUGUCUACCCCAGAACCUGACUCUGAACCAGAUCAGGAUCUCAAAUCAGAGGACUCUGAGAUGAGGAGCCCCAUGCCAGAGACAAUGGAGGAUACUUUGGCACAAGCAGAGAGUUGUGCAGACAUUAGAAAGGAGGCUGUAUGUGAGAAGAAUGGUAUAAGCACUCAGCAGACUGUCACCCUCAUCCUUUAUUUCCUGUGCUUCCUAGUCAUCCUACAGCGAAUAUGGGGAAGCAUUCAGUGCAUUAUUUGUAUAUAGCAGAGAUGAAGAGGCAGAGUCAACAGGUACCAACAGCCUAAUAAUGCUGAACCAGUGUUAUAAGCAUCCAGCUCUUUAUUUCUAUAUUGAUUCAGCAAUUUAUCAAUCCAUCUGAUAUGUCUUUUAUUCCUUGACAGUAACAUACAGUUACUGCUACAGAGCAUUUUGAAUAUACUGUACUGUAUGUGAAUGCAGCAUUACCAAGGAUUUGUUUAAAUGGAGAAAAAAGGAUUGGAAUUAGUCAGGGGUGUAAAAAGUACUCAGAAAUUAUACUUAAGUGAAAGUAUGAAUACUGAGUGAAACUUUUACUAAAUUAAAAGUCUAAGUAUCAAGCCAAAAACAUACUUGAGUGAAAGUAAAAAAUAUUCACAUUAAAUUGUACUUAAGUAUUAAAAAUUAAAAAGUAACUCGCUAGAAUGAAAUCAAGAGAGGAGAUUGUGUGAGAGAGGAUGUUGUUAAAUUCGAUUGGUUUGUUAAGUUGCCUUUUUACUGUCACUGACGACUGUCAUACUUCUCCCCCAGUGGCAUUCGCAGCCUGGUCAUAAAAUCAUUUUACAAUAACUACAUUUUUGCAAAAUGAGUUUUAUUUGGCCUGUUGUAUGUAACACGGCAAUUUCAUGGUGAAAUGAACACUAGAGGUGCUAAAACAACAAUGAUUGUUAUCCCCUUUCAUUCAAAUCACAAGUAAAAUUGCAGAUUACAUAAACACUUUUCGCCCUGUUCCUCACACAAUGCUAUCUCAUGACAUAUAAACAUUUUUACUAUAGCGCAUGACUCAUUUUAAUGUUUGCAUUACAUAAGCAACUACAUUUACAAGCUUGUUCGAGUGUGAUCAAAUUACACAGUAGCUCAACUUAUAGAGUGUUGUAUAUGUGAUGCAAAGGAACUGGGUACGAGUCCCGAAGAGCAUCCGAAUUGCAAUGUCAGAGCACCCAUCCCCUUGAGACAUAGAAAAAAAAAAUCUAAAUAAGCUUUAAAGAAAGCUAGUAAUGUUGUUUGUUUUGUGGAUUGUUUUCUGAGGUUUGCUACCAAACCUUGCUGUUGAGCAGAUGGAUGAAUUCAAUAAAAUUCAUAAUUAAUAUUUACUCAGAUUCCAUUAUUUUUAUUAUCAUCAUUAUCCUCAUUAUCAUUGCUGGUUUUAUAGUUAUUAUUAUAAUUAAUAGUUGCCUAACAACAACAAUAAUAAUUCAGCAAAU